CAUAUUUAUUUACAAAUGGCGGAAGCAGCUAAGUUUUUUGAAGAGACGGCAGAACCUGCAAAUUUCAAUGAAAACAAGACUCAGAUUGAAAGAUUCAUUGCAAAACACAAUGAAGGGUGUACACCUGUUGUCCUGAUCACGUCAGGUGGAACAACGGUACCAUUAGAAGGGAAUACAGUGCGGUUUAUAGAUAAUUUCAGCAUUGGAACAAGAGGGUCAGCCUCAGCAGAAUAUUUUUGGACAAGGCAUGAUGUUUUAUUCUUGCAUCGUCAUCGUUCCCUGCAGCCAUAUACACGACACCUUCCUCAGUCUCAGCUACUGGACAUUCUGGAGGUGAAAAAUGAUGAUGAGGGUCAAAAACUAUGUGUCAAAAAUGAAAAGACUGCCAAGUUGCUAGAUAUAAUUCACAAGUACCAGUCAGUCCAGAAGGAAGGGAGACUACUGAUGGUAGAGUUUACAUCUCUGGUAGAUUAUCUGCACUUGUUGAGAGCGUCUUCGCUAAUAAUGUCCAGUCUAGGAAAAAAUGCUUUCCUGUAUUUAGCUGCUGCUGUUUCUGACUUCUACAUUCCAAAAAACAAAAUGCCACAACACAAGAUACAGUCAUCAAAUGGUCCCCUGCAAUUGUCUUUGGAGUUGGUUCCUAAAAUGUUGGAGGCCUUAGUGAAGAACUGGGUCUCGUCAGCAUAUGUGGUAUCUUUUAAGCUAGAGACAGAUCCUAAUCUGCUUAUAGUGAAAGCCCAGCAAUCCCUGGAGAAAUAUGAGCACCAGUUGGUAAUAGGAAAUAUACUUGAUACCAGAAAAUUUGAGGUCGUGUUUGUGACAAAUAGUGAAACAGACUGGAUAAAAUUAGAGGAAAAUGAUCUACAAAAUGGAAUUGAGAUAGAAAGUAAAAUAGUAAAAAGUCUUGUAGAAAGGCAUAGACAGUUUUGUUGUGAAUAAGUAACCUGUGGGUUUAGCCAUUUUGUUUUCAGUUAUGUAUACCAAUUUUUAUACAAGUGUUGAUUUUCUAUAUUACAAAAUGUAUAUCAAGGAGUGCUAGACAUGUCUUCCUUUAAUAUGUAAACAACCAAGUGCCAUUGUCUGUAGACAUAUUCAAUGUAGGCCAAGGUGUAGGGAUACUGAUUGCCUUUAAUAGACUAGAUGUCAGUUUCUUUAAGUAUGUGAGGUCAAAAUUUAGCUAGAUGUAAGUCUAUUUAAGACACCAAGUGUAUUUCAAUGGAUCUCCUUGUUUGAUUUAUUGCAGUUAAAUAAACAGUUAAUGAGAUAAUGACAGAGGUUCAGAAUCUUGUAUCUUUUGAUUAUUUUUAGAAAGCAUGUGAACACUAACAGUUUUAGAAGCAGCUUUUAAAGUUGCAUAGACUUAAACUUUAUGUUAAAACAUAUGAAACAGCUGUCCAAAUAGAUGUUAUGCAAAAUCAUUUGGUUAGAAAAGUGUUACUUUUAAUACUGCACAUUAAUUUGUACACUUAAAGCUACAAAGGGAGGUAAUAAAAAACAACACAUUCAAUAAAACAUUCUACUGUGUUCAUCAAUAUUCAAACCUUUGUCAAAUAUUAGAUAAUACAAUUAUCGGACAUAGGAUAUAAGAAGAAAUCAUGUAUUUUGUUUUGAUAAAGGAAGAUGUGGCAGGCACAUUUAAACAAAGGCGAUAUGAGUCUUUUAAAUAUGUGAAAUAAUAAAACAAAAUGUAAGGAUGUGUGCUACUUCUAAUAAAUAUUUGAACAAGGCUGACAGUCUGGGAUAACCACCUAUAUUCAAUUUUAAUUUUGUAAUUUUAUACCCUGUUCCCUGCUUAAGUGAACUGUCACAAUAUUUUUGAAAAAAAAAUCAUUUAAUGUCUGUUUGUUUGUUUUGAGUUUAAUGCUAUUUUUCAACAGUAUUUCAGUUAUGUAAUGGUGGGCAGUUAACCUAACCAGUGUUCCUGGAUUCUGUACCAGUACAAACCUGUUGUUCUGCAAGUAAUUGCCAACUUCCCUACAUGAAUCAGAGAUGGAGGACGAAUGAUUUCAGACAUAAUGUGUGUUAGGUGUGCUUUUACAGAAUUGUGUAUGUUUACAUAGUUUCUAAAGAUAAUAAAAAAGGACAUACAAACUAUAUGCAGAUUAUAACAGAAAUGAUUUCAUCAAAUGUCUGUGCAGAAUUUUUUUUUAAUUAAAUUUUAUUAGUUCAAAACAGUGUUUUUGCUGUUGGUUUACAUGUACUUGGUAUUAGCGAAAUUUUCAUCCAUAUAAGCGCGAUAUUUGGUGUCUGUUUAACAGAGUUUUUAGACCAUGUAAUAUACAGUUGAAACUCGUUAUUUCAAACUUGCUUAUUUCAGAGUUCCAGCUGUCGCGAAUAGACGAAAUCAUUUUCAAGUCCCGUCCUGAAAACAAAUGCACAAAAUAUCAUUUUAAGUCAAAUUUCAGUUAUCUUGAUCCCGUGGAAUUUGAGAUACCGAGUUUCGACUGUAUAAUAUAUAUUUGUGCUGUAAAUAAAUACAAGGGAACAUAAACAGAUUUAUUUUAGUAUAUGUAUGUUUAUCUUUUACCUCAGCAACAAAAAAAUGUCAGCUGUGCUGUUGAUAAUAUGUUUAACAGUUUCAACAUUAAUAAAAAGUACUGCAAGAUUAACCCUUAUCAUGCUGGACACAAAUGGUUCUGCCUUUGCGACCAGUGUAGGUCAUGAUCAGCCUGCACAUCUGUGCAGUCUGAUCAAGAUCUGCACUGUUCGCCAUUUAGUCAGUAUCUUUUUUGUAUUCACCCCUUUUAACAGUUAAUGGUACUGUUCAAACUGAAAGAUGGACAAGUUCAUUACAGAAAUUUAGCAGGGUAAGGGUUAAUUUUUUUUAUAUGCCUUUCCUUGUUUGUUACUAGACUUGCUGUAUACCUUGCUUUUUUCAUAGCCAACAUUUCCAUUUUUAAACCAUGUUCUGUAUAUUUUAAUUCCCUCAUUUCUAUGCAGCUUAUAAGGAAGUUUUCAUUAGUAACUUUUUAUUCAGAAUACCGGUAAUCUUGGUCUCAGAAAACACUUGAGUACAUUUAUUGGUCUCUUAUUAUUGUUUGAAUUUGGUCUAUAUCCUUCUUUUUUCACCAGAGGGCCAUUUUAUGGCUCUAAUUUUUAGCUCGACUAUUCGAAGAAUAAGUAGAGCUAUCCUACUCACCAUGGCGUCAGCAUCACACCUUGGUUAAGUUUUUUGUACCAGUCCACAUUUUGACAAAGUCUUUUGAGAUAAAGCUUUGAAACUUUCAACACUUGUUUACUAUCAUCAUGGCCAGUUAUAGGCAAGAGCACAUAACUCCAUCAAGGAUUUUGGCUGAAUUAUGGCCCCUUUUGACUUAGAAAUCAUGGUUAAGUUUUUCGUACCAGUUCAUAUUUUGACAAAGUCUUUUAAGAUAAAGCUUUGAAACUUUCAACACUUGUCUACCAUUACCAUGGCCAGUUAUAAGCAAGAGUACAUAACUCCAUCAGGGAUUUUGGCUGAAUUAUGGCCCCUUUCGACUUAGAAUUCUUGGUUAAGUUUUUUGUACCAGUUCAUAUUUUUUGUAAAGUGUUUGACAUAUGGCAUUGAAACUUUUAUCACUUGUUUAGUAAAAUAGUCUCUAUCUGUAGGAAAGAGAACAUAUUAACUCUGUCAUCUAUCUUGGCUGAAUUAUGGCCCUUUUUGGACUUUGAAAUUGGUUCUGUUUUCAUACAAGUCCAUGUUUUGUCAAAACUGUUUGACAUAUGGCUUUUAAACUUUGAACACUUACUUAUCAUUAUGAUUUACAUCUGUAGGCAAGAGUACAUAACUAUUUUGACUGAAUUAUGGCCCUUUUUGGACUUUGAAAUUGGCUCACACAUUGCCAUUUAGUGCAAGACUUAUCGAAAUCAAAAUAAUACAAGAACAUUGUUUGUCUAAUCUGUUUAUUUCUUUUGUUUGAAUAUCCAUGGAAAUAUUUUGACCCCAUUCCUCAAUCAAUUCUUCGAAUAGUCGAGCGCGCUGUCAUCAGACAGCUCUUGUUAUACACCCCCUCACACAUCUUCGAGAAGGGGUUGGGGUUUAUUAUUUUGUUAAUUUUGGUUCGUCUGUCUAUCUGUGUGUUGGUAGAUAAUUUUGUUUCUGAUCAGUAACUUAAGAAUAUUUGGGUGGUCUGUGGUCAAACCUCAGUGGAUUAUUGCCUGUGGUCAGUAAAUCACCACCUUUGUUUUGAGAAUCAGUAGGUCAAAGCCCAGUGUCACAGUGACAUUACAUUGAAAACAAUUCCUGGUUAAUCACUUUAGAAUACUUAGACCUUUGACCUUCAAAUUUCAUAGGAUGGUUGAAUCUAGUCUGAUGACAUGGUGUUUUCGAGGUCGUAAGGUCAGUGUUCAAGGUCAAAGCAUAUGUAACAAUGAAAAUUACAGACCAAUUAACCUCUAACAAGUUAUCAAGUAGAGUGCAGGGGGGGUGGGGGGUGUUCAAUGUACAGCUCUCAUCAUCUUUUUAGUCUUACAAAUCAUUUAAGAAAUAAUGUAUAGAAAAAACGUGUUUUAACAUUAUUAUGCCCCCCUUCGAAGAAGGAGGGGUAUAUUGUUUUGCAGAUGUCGGUCGGUCGGUCGGAAUGUAGACCAAUCCGUUUCCGGAUGAUAACUCAAGAACGCUUCGGCCUAGGAUCAUGAAAUUUAAUAGGGAGGUUGGACAUCACCAGCAGAUGACCCCUAUUGAUUUUGAGGUCUGUAUGUCAAAGGUCAAGGUCACAGUGACCCUGAAUAGUAAAAUGGUUUCCGGAUGAUUACUCAAGAACACUUGGGCCUAGGAUCAUGAAAGUUGAUAGGGAGGUUGAUAAUGACCAGCAGAUGACCCCUAUUGAUUUUGAGGUCAGUAUGUUAAAGGUCAAGGUCACAGUGACCCUGAACAGUAAAACAGUUUCCAGAUGAUAACUCAAGAACGCUUAGGCCUAGGAUCACGAAUAUUGAUAGGGAGGUUGGUCAUGACCAGCAGAUGACCCCUAUUGAUUUUGAGGUCAGUAUGUCAAAGGUCAAGGUCACAGUGACCAGGAACAGUAAAAUGGUUUCCAGGCAAUAACUCAAGAACGCUUAGACCUAUUGUCAGGAAAAAUGAUAGUUAGGUUGGUCAUGACCAGCAGAUGACCCUUAUUGAUUUUUAGGUCGUUAGGUCAAAUGUCAAGGUCACAUUGGCCAGGAACAGUUGAACGGUUUCUGAUCUUCUUGUCCAAAACCAUAGGGCCUAGGGCUUUGAUAUUUGGUAUGUAGCAAAAUCUACUGGUCCUCUAGCAAGAUUGUUCAGAUUAUUUCCCUGGGUCAAAUAUGGCCCCACCCCGGGGUCACAUGGUUUUUAUAGACUUAUAUAGGAAAAAACUUUAAAAAACCUCUUGUCCAAAACCACAGGGCCUAGGGCUUUGAUAUUUUGUAUAUGACAUCAUCUGGUGGUCCUCUGCUAAGAUUGUUCAAAUUAUUCCCCUAGGGUCAAAUAUGGCUCCGCCCUGGGGGUCAUAUGGUGUACAUAGACUUAUAUAGGGAAAAACAUUGAAAAUCUUCUUGUCCAAACCACAAAGACUAUGGCUUUGAUAUUUUGUGAUGUAGCAUCAUUUAGUGGUUCUCUAUCAAGUUUGUUCAAAUUAUCCCUCUAGGGUCAAAUAUGGCCCCACCCCAGGGGUCAUAUGGUUCAUAUAGACUUAUAUAGGGAAAAACUUAGAAUCUUCAUGUCCAUAACUUACUUCAUUCAAAUUGGACCACAUAGAUAGUUUUGAGUGGCAAGAUGAACCUUGACAUGAGUUGACCUUGAUCUUGACCUAGUGACCUACUUUCACAUUUCUGUACCUACAGCCUUCAAAUUUGGACCACAUGCAUAGGUUUGUGUACCGAAAAAAACUUUGACCUUGUUAUUGACCUAGUGACCUACUUUCACAUUUCUCAAGCUACAGCCUUCAAAUUUGAACCACAUGCAUAGUUUUGUGUACUGAAAUGAACUUUGAUCUUGAGAUUGAGCUAGUGACCUACUUUCACAUUUCUGAAGCUUCAGGCUUCAAAUUUGGACCGCAUGCAUAUUUUUGUGUUCUGAAUUGAAAUUUGACAUUGAUUUUUACCUAUUAUCUACUUUCAUAUUUCUCAAGCUAACAGCCUCCAAAUUUGAAGCACAUGCAUAGUUCUGUAUACCAUAAUGAACUUUGACCUUGAAAUUGAUCUAGUGACCUGCUUUCAUAUUUCUCAAGCCACAGCUUUCAAAUUUGGGCCACAUACACAUUGUUUUGUACUGAAAUGAAAUUUGACCUUGAGCUAGUCUUGAAAUUUGGAACAUUCAAAAAUGGCUCAGUGGAUGAUGCCAAGAUCACUCUGUAAUCUCUUGUUAGGUUAAUAGGUCAAGGUCAGAUUAAACCAGAACUUUUGUUUACAGUGAGCGUAUAAUUUCUGUUCAUUUUGCUAUUACUGAAUGCAUCAAGGGGGGCAUUUCGUGUUCGACGAGCUCUUGUUAAUACACUCAAAAUUGGUUAUAUGUCUGCAGAAUAAUUUCACGAGGGCGUAGAGCUAUUGGACUUGCCUGUGUCUUUUUGUAUGUAAGAUGGUCUCUCAGUAACCGCUUAUGGGAAUGGAUUGAUACUUCACACACUUGUUUACUGUGAUGAGCUGACAUGCAUUGUAAAGGUUCUAUAACUCUAUUUUGCACUUUUACAUACUUGUGCCUCUUUUUCAGGUUAGCAAUUUUUGAUGUAAGCUGAAUUUCGGUAACGUUACUAGAGGGAAUUGAUUGAAACAACACAUGUUCUCUGUGAUGAUCUUACAUGUAUUAUGUAGGUCACAUAACUCACAUACUUAUGCCCCUUUUGUGACUUGGCAGUUUUAUUGUUUUUUGUAAUCUGUUAGAACAUUAUAUAUAUAUUUAUUUUAAGAGGGAAUAGUUUUGUGGCUCAGAAUUGUUGCCCCUUUUGUACUUGAUUAUAUCUAUGUUUUUGUUAUUUUAAUUUUUUUUUUUGUGACUAGGCUUUUGAAUAAUCGAGCAUUGCUGUUCUCGGAUAGCUCUUGUUUAUGAGGUACCGGUAAUUAAGGAUGUAUUGUAAUGGUUUGAUAGUAGCACCUAGACUAUGUUUUUUUGACAUGCCUUAUUUUAGGUAUGUUGCAUAAGGUUUUGCAACAUUUUAUGAUGUAAAUUGUAAGGGAAGAAAAUUUUAUAUAUGCCAUGUAGAAUACUCAAAAAUAUCAGCUAUUUUAGCUGUAAAAAAAGCAUUUAAGUGCUGAAAGUAUAAUGUGAAAUCAUUUAGUAUUGAGGGCACAAAAUUUUGUAGGUUUAGUGAAAAUGGCUAUUUAACAUGGGGAUUUGAAUUUUGUGGAUUGACUUUGAAAAUUAAUGUAGGGAUAAUGCAUUUUUUUCAUGUUAUGACAUCUGCAGAAUCUUGAGGGAUUGGUUGGUGCCCAAGCCCUGUACCAACAUAUCCCGAGGAAUUCUAAAGAUGUUAUAACACGCAAAUAAACAUGCGCUAACGCUAUUUUAGCAUAAAACGCAUAAAAAACUAAUAAUUGAAUAAAUUAUCCCCCAACGUCUUUAACCCUUAGCCUGCUGACGGCAAGUGAUUCUGCAUUUGCGACCGUGCAGUCUGAUCAUGGUCUGCACUGUUCGCCAUUCAUUUAGUAUCUUUUUGGUUAACACCCCUUUUAACAGUUUAUGGUACUGUCCAGAUUGGAAGACGGACAAGUUCAUUAUGGGAAUAAUUAGCAGGGUAAGGGUUAAAUUUCCAUGACAUGCGUGGAAGUGUCCGAGUUGUUUUUUCACAACUUGACGUCAUUUCCUCUUGAAUUAAUGGUUUUGGGGCUGUUAUACAUUUACGCUUUGCCAAGGAACGCGCAUACAAUGCAUAUAAAAGGUGUUUUAACAGUAGGUGAGCGUGAGAAUCUCUCUGUUAACACAAGUUUUCUCUUCUGUUAAAAUACCCCGAAAAGUGACCAGCAGCUUUAUGCUAGAAUCCUGGAUAAAUAUUAAUGAUUUCACAGUUACUGUAUGAUUAUCACUUAAUGAUUUUAUUUAUAUGCAUAAUUAUGCAAGAUUUACUUUUUGUUAAAGAUCAUAUAAAGAGUGGAAUAAAAUAUUAA